GUGAUCCUAUCAGGCGCGAACGUGCCAGGCGAGGGAGAGCACAAGAUCAUGAACUACAUUCGCCUGCAGCGGAACCUUCCGGGCUUCGACCCCAACACACGUCACUGCAUCUACGGACUGGACGCGGAUCUGAUCAUGCUCGCCCUGGCAACACACGAAGUGCAUUUCACCAUUCUCAGAGAGGUUGUGUUUCAGCCCGGGCAGGUGGACAAAUGUUUUCUGUGCGGGCAGACGGGGCAUCUGGCGGCGGAGUGUGAGGGCAAGCCGAAGCGCAAGAGGGGCGAGAACGACGAGAAGGACGGGGGUGUACCCAAGAAGCCGUUUCAG